CCGUAAGCUUAACGGAAGUAGUGUAGCUCGAGAGAGUCUCUCGGGAGGCUGGAUUAGCCACAAGUUGUGGUGAACCAGGGUAAAUCUUGGUGUGCUCCCUUUACUCCUUUUUAUUCCGCUCUUUAGUUUAUCCCUGUGAUUUUUAUUCCGCGAAAAUUUAUAAACAUUCUCGUGCCUCACUAUUCACCCCCCUUCUAGUGAAGGGCACUUAUUCUAACAAUUGGUAUCGGAGCCUAACUAGCGUCCAAACUUAACCGUUUGAGAGUAAAGCGAUCAUGGGUUCUUCUUCUAGAAAUCUUUAUGCAGGGAGAAGGUCAAUCAACUACACGGCCACCUCUUUUUGAUGGAACCAAUUAUACAUAUUGGAAAGAACGAAUGAGAAUCUAUAUUCGUUCCACGAACUUCCGAUUAUGGUUGGUUAUCAAAAACGGGGAAGAGGUGCCGAUGAAGAAAGUCGGAGACAAGUUGAUCCCCAAGACCGAAGACGAGUUUGAUGCCGAGGACAUCAAAAAGGUCGAGAAUUACGCAAAGGCAGUAAACAUGCUUUAUUGUGCCGUAAAUCCUGACGACUACCGCAAGAUCUCCUGCUGCUCAACCGCCAAGGAGAUGUGGGAUAAACUUGAGGUGACGUACGAAGGAACGGACCAAGUACGUGAAGCCAAGAUUGACUUCCUAACCCAAGAAUAUGAGAUGUUCAGGAUGAAGGAGCACGAGAAGAUUGACGAAAUGAAAGGCAUAGCAUUAAAAGCCUUCAAAGAACCAACAAUGAAUGACUCAAGCGACGAUGAUGAAGUCAAGCUUGUCAUGAAGAGGUUUUGCAAACUUCAAAGAAAGAAAGAAAAGGUUGAGGAGGGCCCUGUGUGCUAUGGAUGUGGUGAAGCCGGGCACAUCAAGAACAAAUGCCCGAGAAACGGAAGGAACACUCGACACUCCAAAAGGCAAAGGGCGUAUAUCUCUUGGGGUGGAGACUCCGGCGACGAGUCAACAGACCAAGAUGAGGAUGAAGUUGCCAACCUCUGUCUCAUGGCACACGAAGACCAAACCGACGAUGUACAAGAGGUAUGUACCAUUUCUUCCGACUCUUACACUUUUGAAGAAAUGCAAGAAGCACUUUGUUGGCCUUGAAUGCCAUACCCCGUAACCGUUUUGAUGUGCCAAAUAAGUCUUUCAAAUGCUACUAACAUCAUUUGCACGAAGAAACCAAACGCCAAACCUCUAUUAGCUUGUUUAGCAUCACCGAGAUAUACUCCUACGAGUUUAGAAAUUAUUGUGUAAAGGUAAUAAUAUAUAUUUUAAUGAUAUACUUAUGCCCUUUCACUCAAAAAAUAAUUUUAAAUGUCAAAUAUAUUCUAAGAUGGGGU